CUUCUUAACAGGGUGGGUACUAGCAUCUUCGAGUAUGAACAAGACGUGGCUGAUGUCAACAUAGUUCUUUUGAAUCCGAUUUGAUGUUGAAACCAGUAGAGUAAAACUCGCUAUUCCUGUGACCCGAAAUAAAUCCAGCAACACUAUGUCUUCCGCCAGUUUGAAUUACUACGACCUUCUCCAGGUCGGGCAAAACUGCACUCCGGACGAGCUGAAAAAAGCCUACAAAAAAGCCGCCCUCCGCCACCACCCCGAUAAAGGCGGAAAUGUGGAAAUUUUCAAGAACGUUUCUCUCGCGUAUGAAACCCUGUCCGACGAAGCCAAACGGACGGUGUACGACCGGAGCAUCUUCUUCUCCUUCGGCUCGUUUUCUUCUACUAUACCUGGCAGCGGGACUUCCGGCCCAACGGGACCGGGGUCCUACGGCUCAAACAGCAGCGGCGCACCUGCAGGAUCGAGUUCUUCAUCGGGUGGGAGCUCUGGUGCUUCGAAACCAGCGCCGCCAAAGAAACCGCCGCCAGGAGCCGCGAAUGCCGGGGCGGGUGCUAGUACUGGGGUACAGUUUCACCCGCUUGCUUUUGUCAUGUGCUUGUGCUUCUGAUUUUCUCUACUGCGCAUGAAGAUGCGGUAGAGUUGGAGUGUUGAAGCUUUUGCAUGUCACUGUCACACACUCAGUUUUCCAUAUUAUUGCCAGGCGGAGCCUACUUCACUUGUUACACACAUCAAAACAACCAAUUCUCCCCAAAACUACAGAACGCUCGCAGUUCCAAGCCCCGCCCAUCCGCCGCGCAACUAGAGGAGAUGACGAUCCGGGAGCUGAAAUUACUCCUCACUGAAAUGAACGUCCGAUCGGAUGAUUGCUUCGAGCGCGCGGAACUGAUCGCGAAGAUAAAAUCAGCGUACACGACGAACAAUGCGAAUUCUGCUGGUGGUGCAACAUCAGGAGCAGGUCCCGGUGGCUCUAGUUCGUCAUCAGGAGCAGCGAGUGGACAUAACAAUUACAACUCCUCUUCCGAAGACCACAGUACUUCCAGUGCCUCUACUUCUGCUCCCUUUCGCGGGGCAGCGUGGGACAGCGCAAAGUACGCCUCGAUGACGCAGCAGCAGCAAAACCAAACCUCCGGCACAAACAAUCCUGAUAACGACAACAACACGAGUCGGGUGAAGGUGAUUUCUAUCGGCGCAAGCAAUUCCGGCAAGUCGUGUUUGAUAAAGCGGUUCUGCGAGGGCCGGUUUGUGCCGCGCUACAUUUCGACGAUUGGGGUGGAUUACGGAGUGAAAACGGUUUUUGUCCAGCCCAGUGUGAAGCAGAAAAAGAACAAAGCAGCGGCGAGUCAACAACAUUUUCCGGAUCCGAAGCAAAAGAUAAAAGUAAACUUCUUCGAUCUCUCUGGCCACGAAGAGUUUCGGGAGAUCCGGGUGGAGUUCUACGAAAACGCACAGGGCGUGCUGGUCUGCUACGAUAGCACCAACGCGGAAACUUUUCGGAAGCUGGAAAGUACUUUCUACAAAAAAAACAGUUUCUAAAUUUGGUACCUGGAAGAGUUUUAUGAACUCUACUACGUAUCAUGUGCUUCAUCUAAAGAACUUCUUGAUACAACAAAAACACAGGAUCGAAAUCCUCCCUGAUUUAAAAAAACCCGCCAGGUACCUGGCUUUGGGAAGCGCGGACGCAUGGCCUCACUUUCGGAAACGCGGUCUGCUUGCUAUGUGCGAACAAGUGCGAUUUACCGAGCAGGCAAGUGACAAAGCAGGAGGGGCAGACGUUCGCGAAGGAGCAUGGGUUUUACUACUUCGAGCUGUCUUCUCAGACGGGGGAAAACGUGAUCCAGGCGUUUAACCUGCUGUUCGAAAAAAUGUAUCACUUGCAACAAUAUCGUACUCGCAAUGAGUGUAGUCAUGCAUGACAGAGUGAAUGACCUGACUCUGAUUUUGCAAUUAAGGUUCUUAGUUUGCAAAACACUUUUUCUUCACCACUACUUUGAUAGCGAUAUUUUUGCAAUGCAUAAAAGCGCAGACAAGCUGAUAGCAGAGGCGAACGAUUUGGAAACCAGGAUGUACGCCGGGGCGUAA